CGAUUCACAGGUGCAUCAAUCAGUAAUCAAAAAAUGGUCAUUAAAUACUUUGUACUAAGUGCUGUCCUAGGCCUACUUUGCCUCGUCGGAGGCUAUCAGGUAGUGCCGACUAUUGAGGAUGGCAUACCAGAUCGUCUGAAUUUUACCACAGGACCUUUCGUAAAGAUCGGCCAUGGCUAUUACUACAUUGAAAUCAAUGCACUAAAGAACUGGUUUGAUGCAUCGGAGUCCUGUCAUCGACGGGGCGCCAAGCUUGUAUCCUUUGAAACCACUCAAGAAUGGGAUCUUAUUAAUCGGUACCUGUUAAAGAACCACAUAUAUGAUAUAUACUGGACCGCGGGUGCGGACUUGGCGCAUCAGGGAAAACACGAUUGGUUCUCAACUGGCGACCCUGUAACUUUAAAAAUUUGGUACCCGGGGGAGCCAAAUAAUUGGGGAGGAAAUGAGCAUUGUGACGAAUUGGGAUUCCGCGGGGAUUCAAACAAUUACAACGUCUUAAACGACAGACCCUGCGAGACUACCAGGCGGUACAUAUGCGAAAGGUCUUAUCCCAAGACAGCCUCCUUUAUCAUAUGGUGAUUGAAAUGUAUAUAAAAAAAUAUUCAAGAAUAAUAAUAAAAAAAGGAAUAAACUGCAAGUUUCGUAAAUUA